AUGCGAGCUCGGUUGUUUAAUUCUUAUUCAGCAUCAGUUCAAUUUGAAAUUGAUCAAUCUUAUCUACACUUUCGUAAUUGUCAACAAUACCAGUUUACUAUUACACGAAAUCGGGAACAAAUCCAUUAUAUGCCAGCUCAAAAUUUUACCUUCUGGAGAAAUUCAUUGGAACUUCAACAUUUAGCGGUCGGUUUUUAUAAUGUGUGCGCCAUUAUAUGCAGUGAACAAUUCGUCAAUAACAAUUCGAUUGUGACGAUAAAUUGUCUUAACUUUCGCAGUCAGCGUUCGUAUUUUCUAUUUCUUACUUUAUAUUUAUUAGUGUUUUCUAUCUUAGCAUUUUCACAAGUAAUGUUUACAUUGAGAAAACGACGAUAUAAAGCACAUAUCAAAGCAGCAUUAACAGAUUUAGAAUUAGCUCUACAACGUUUUCAUUCGUCAUCAUUAGAAUCAGCACAUGAAAACUUUACAAUCCAAAAUUUGCUCUUUGCUCCUAUUCAAUCAACUGAUAGCACCACUGACGAAAAAAGCGUUAGUCAUUUUGCUCAGCCGGCUAAACAACUUCUCAGGCAUAACAAUGAUGCUCAUUAUACAACUAUUUCCCAACUACUUUAUAAUGCCCAACGUUUAGAAAAUCCAGUGGAAGAUGAGAAAUCGCCGCCAGAAACAACUGAAUAUUCAAAUGUUUUACUUGAUUCAAAAUAUUGA